UGUGCUCAAGAGCUCACAAGACAAGGCCUUUUGGAAACAACUGAUCUCUGGUCUGCCUAAAAGAACAUACUUGAGCUGUGUGAAGAUGAGCAUGUCCGGGGUCAGUGGUGUCCUGCUCCUGCUUGCAGUGUUUUUGUGUGGAUGUAAGCUUUUCCUGCGGAGCACUGAAGAGGUGUACCCUCUGGACAUGGCUGAAAACUCUGUGGAUGACUCGUAUGAAGGCUGUAGGGAGGCCAUGAAUGACUUGGUGCUUUCAGAGUAUAUUGAAUAUGAAAAACAAAAUACUCCUGGAUUUGCAAUUGCCUGGGAAAAUGCACUUAACAACUGCAAUGAAGAUGGACUCAACAUAAACCAGUCUGCAGCCAUUUACCUGUAUACAGAGAACUGUAAUGUCAGUAUAGAUUGCUCAUAUGACGUGUUUAACAUAGCCACUCGUAGCGGAUCAGCACUGUACAAGUCAGGACACUUCAAGUUUUACACAGAGUUUUUCUUUCUGACUGAUGCCAUUCAGCAGCUUAACAAAAAACGAAGAGUAUGCGAGACUGCAUAUCGCAGAACUAAAGAUAUAUAUGAUAGAGAUGUUUUUAAUAAAACAAUUAGAUUUGGUUCCUUCACCUCCAGCUCUUUAAACAGGGAUUUUAAAGUAUUUGGUGAAGAGUCCUGUUUUCAAAUUAAAACUUGUCUUGGAGCAGAGAUAUACAACUAUUCAGCAUACCAAGUAGAAAGAGAGGUGCUAAUUCCUCCAUACGAGGUAUUUCGUGUUACUGGCAUUAAAACAAAACAAGAGGUGCCAGAUCUAUGGUGUAAUGUGGUAUAUGAACUUGAACAUGUUGGCAAUAAGAGUAAUCUUAAAUGCAACAGAAUUGUUCCUGGUUCAUCAGCAUUACAGCCUCAUUUGUUAGAGACCUACGUUGGGAAGUAACAUGCGGUCACAACUAAGGAAAAAUGGAAAUGUACCUAUAAUCCGAAUUAAAUAAAUAUACAGUGGUGUAAAAAACAA